AUGGCAGACCAGGUAGCAAAUGCCAUUCAGAUCGCCUGGAACCCUUCGUCCGACCAUGCCCUGAAGGCGCAAGCUUUCGACUAUUUGAACCAACUCCGCUCCGAUCCCUCCGGAUGGCAGAUCUGCCUAGGCCUCUUCACCGAAACUCCUCAACAACCCGAGGUCGUGCGACAUGUGAGCUUGGAAAUCGUUAAUAGCGCAGCUCAGGCUGGCUUGAUCGAUUUUGCCUCACUGGUGGUUGUGCGGGAUGGCUUGCUCGCCUACCUGCGCCAGGUCUACGGGCCCAACGGGACUGCUACCCCCGAUGCGGCAUAUAUCCAGAACAAAAUUGCACAGACUGUUACCUUCCUCUUCUCCGCUCUUUACGCCAAUGGUUGGGAAUCAUGUAUCGACGAUCUCCUAGGUCUUACCUACAAGUCCUCGACUAGCACGACUCGUGACAACCCUCUGGGAAUUAUCUUCUACUUGCGUGUGGUGAACUCGAUUCAUGAGGAAAUUGGUGAUGUGCUGGUUUCUCGGUCUCGGGGUGAACAAGACAAGGCAAACUCACUAAAGGACCUGAUUCGUGAGCGGGAUAUGCAGAAGAUUGCAAACUCGUGGCAGGAGAUUCUCUCAGGAUGGUGCGACAGCGAUGACACGAUUGUGGAGGCGUGUCUGAGGGCAGUUGGUAGCUGGGUUAGCUGGAUCGACAUUGGACUUGUAGUCAACCAAUCUAUGCUGGAUCUUCUGUUCCAGCAGCUUGGACGGGCCGAAAAGCAGGAGCUGAGAGAUGGCGAGCAGCGUGUUCGUGAUGCGGCGGUGGAUGUCUUCACGGAAAUCAUUGGCAAGAAGAUGAAGCCGUCAGAUAAAAUUGAAAUGAUCAUGUUCCUCAAUCUGAAUACGAUCAUAACACAGCUCUCCAACAGCCCGCCACUUCGCGAAGCUCGUUUCACCUCCAAGUAUGACACGGAUUUGGCAGAGACCGUGGCGAAGCUCGUCAACAUCACGGUGAUGGACAUUGUUCGGGUGUUGGAAACUGACACAGGUCCGGUCAAGGAGAAAGCGGAUGAUCUCCUAAUGGUCUUUCUCCCCCAUAUCCUUCGCUUCUUCUCCGAUGAAUACGACGAAGUCUGCUCUACUGUGAUCCCCUCUGUCAAUGACAUGCUUACCUACAUCCGAAAGUUGUCCAAGUCCAACCCUGCUUUCGAAGAACGGAACAAGACCAUCCUCCUACCAGUGCUGAAGGCUAUCGUCGCCAAGAUGCGAUACGAUGAGACCUCAAACUGGGGCGACGAAGAUGAGCAGACAGAUGAAGCUGAGUUCCAGGAACUGCGCAAAAGACUUGGUGUCCUCCAGCAGAUUAUCGCGACUGCUGAUGAACAAUUGUACAUUGAUGCCAUUUCGGAGCUUGUUGGUACUACUUUUGAGAAUCUGCGAGUCUCAGGAGGUCGGAUUGAUUGGCGUGAUCUGGACCUGGCUCUGCAUGAGAUGUUUUUGUUUGGCGAUAUUGCAGUUACCCGUGGUGGCCUUUAUCAGAAGAAUACCCCGACCGGCCCUGCAUCAAUUCGUCUCAUAGAGAUGAUGCUUCGCAUGGUGGAAUGCGACAUCCGAUCGUUCACCCAUCCUGCAACACAGCUUCAGUACAUGGAGAUUUGCGUUCGCUACAGCACCUUUUUCCACCACCACACACACCUUAUCCCCGGAGUUCUACAGAGCUUCUUACAGCUGGUGCAUCAUCCCGUUCGCAAAGUCAAGACCCGUUCUUGGUACCUUUUCCAGCGCUUUGUGAAGCAGCUACGAACACUCGUUGGCAAUGUGGCCCACGACGUGGUGGAGGCUUUGAGGGACUUGUUGGUUAUUCAGGCUGAGCUGCCAUCUGAGGGUGAAGAUGGCGAUGAGAUGUCCUCAGAGGACCACGAGGGCUCUGCGGAUGCUGUAUUCACCAGCCAGCUGUACCUCUUCGAGGCAGUUGGAAUAAUUUGCUCUACUCACGGUGUCCCUGCCGAUCAACAAGUUCUGUACGCUCAGUCAGUGAUGAAUCCGAUCUUUGUGGACAUGGAACGACAUCUAGAAGCCGCCAAAUCCAAUGAUGAGCGGGCCCUAUUGCAAAUCCACCAUGACAUUAUGGCUCUAGGAACUCUUGCCCGAGGUUUCUCUGAUUGGAUACCUGGCUCUAGCGCCCCAAAUGCCCUACCAGCCCCAGAGGUCUCGGAGGCUUUCUCCCAGGUAGGCGAGGCAACUCUGGUUUCACUUGAGUCGCUCAAGAAUUCUUUCAACAUCCGUACCGCCGCUCGAUUCGCCUUUUCGCGCCUCAUUGGUGUUCUGGGAGCACGCAUUUUGCCCCAGCUUCCUCGAUGGAUUGAUGGUCUCUUAACGCAAACUUCUUCACGCGAUGAAAUGGCCUUGUUCCUGCGUCUUCUUGACCAAGUCAUUUUUGGAUUCAAGAGCGAAAUAUAUUCUAUCCUUGACACACUUUUGACCCCAUUCCUGCAAAGGGUGUUCUCCGGCAUCGCAGAUCCCACCACCGGGACUGACGAUGAGAUUCAGCUUAACGAGCUCAAGCGUGAGUAUUUGAAUUUCUUGCUAGCUGUCCUGAACAAUGACUUGGGGGCUGUCAUCAUUAGUGAGAGAAAUCAACCCCUCUUUGAAACGGUCAUCACCACUAUUGAGCAUUUCGCGAAGGACAUUGAAGACUUCACCACCGCCAAAAUGGCAUUCUCAGUGCUCUCUAAAAUGGGUAGCUCUUGGGGAGGACCAGAUGUCGCCCCCGGCGCUACCAAUGGAACCUCACCAAACCAGACCACGCUGCCUGGAUUCGGUGGAUUCAUGAUCUCCCGCUUGUCGCCCCUGUGUUGGGCACUCCCCAUGACACCCUCUUUCAACUCCAAAGAUGCCCAGGCCAAGCAGGUUCUUGCUGAGGCAGGUGGCCUCCAGCGCACCAUUUAUAUGAAGACGGGUGUGGAAUAUGCAGAGUACCUGCGGAACCAAGAGCUGCCUGGCAUGGGCAUGGGAGGAGAUCUUAUUGAGGAAUUCUUGACGGCAUUGAGUCAGCUUGAUAUGAAGGGAUUCCGGCAAUUCUUCCCGUCCUUCAUUCAGCGACUCAGCGCAUGA